AUGGCGACUGUUACUGCGACGUCUACGACUACCGAACACACGAUUCUCGCUGCUGCACCGCCUGCGCAUAAGGAGCCUUUGAAGCUCAGCGGAGUGCUGGAGAAGGAGAAGUGGUCUGAUGUCACGCCGGUGAUUGGAAGAGAGUUUCCCGAAGUCAACCUCAAGGAAUGGCUCGAAGCUCCCAACUCCGAUGAGUUGUUGCGGGAUUUGGCUAUUACCAUCUCCCGCCGCGGCGUCGUCUUCUUCCGCAAACAAGACGACCUCACCAACGACCACAUGAAAACGCUGGCCCAACGCCUCGGCGAACUGAGCGGCAAGCCGGCCGACUCGAAGCUGCACAUCCACCCCGUCAGCAACGCCGGGCGCAAGCUGGGCGGCUCCGACAACGAAAUCUCCGUCAUUUCGUCGGAGCAGGUCAAGCAGAUUUACGCGGAUCGCUUUCAGUACAAUCAGACGCAGACGCUGAAGAAUGCGUGGCAUUCGGAUAUCACGUUUGAGCCCGUGCCGAGUGAUUAUGCCAUGUUGCGGUUGACGGAGUUGCCGGAGACGGGUGGGGAUACGUUGUGGGCCUCCGGCUACGAAGUCUUCGACCGCAUCUCCCCCGCCUACCAGCGAUUCCUCGAAGGCUUGACAGCCACCUAUGCCCAACCAGUCUUCAACCAAAGCGCUGCAGCCAACGGCUUCGAAAUCUACAGCGCCGAGCGCGGCUCGCCUUACAACGUCGGCACCGACCUAACCGCCAUCCACCCCGUCGUCCGCACCAACCCGGUGACAGGCUGGAAGUCCGUCUUCGCCGUCGGCCACCACUGCAAGCGCAUCAACGAAGUGACGGAGGCAGAGAGCCAGCACUUGCUCGACUGGUUUCUGCAGCUUGUUACCGAGAACCACGAUUUGCAGGUGCGGCAUCGCUGGCAGAAUGUGAAUGACUUGGCCAUUUGGGAUAAUCGGAGUAUGUACCAUGCUGCGACGUUUGAUUAUGCGGAGUCCCGGACUGGGCAGCGGGCGGUGAGUUUGGGGGAGAGGCCGUACUUUGAUCCCAGGAGUACGUCGAGGCGGGAGGGGUUGAGGGCUGAGGGGGCCAAGGCGUGA